AUGUCAAUGAAGGCCGGUGGAAAUCGCAGCAAGGCCGGCGGUGGCAACGCCGCUGGUGCCGGAGGAAGCGGCGGGGGACGGCAGAAUCUGGGCAGGGGAAGACACAGUGGUAAAGCUCCUGCAGCAGUCAUUUUCAGUGGAGUGUAUGGAAACAUGAGGAUGGUCCACGUCUUGACGUCAGUUGUGGGGACCAAGUGUGAACUAAAGGUGAAAAAUGGAGCCAUCUAUGAAGGAGUGUUCAAAACCUAUGGUCCAGAGUGCGAUCUGGUGUUGGACGCAGCCCACAGGAAGAGCCCAGAGCCAAGUGUGGGCCCCAAGAAAGAGGACAUUGUGGAGAGCAUUGUUUUCAGGGCGUCCGAUGUGGUCACUGUCUCUUUCAAGGACGUUGACCUUAACUUUGCCAGGAAAGUUUCCUCAGACACAGAGCAUAAAGGUGUAUCCUUGCGUGUCUCCGAUAACUUCACUGACGCCGCAGUGAGUGGCAGGAUUAACGGCGAGCACAAAGAGAAAGAUCUCGAACCGUGGGAUGGCGGUGAGACCCACAAUUCUGACAGUCUUGAGUCUCUUGACAAUGAUGUGUCGAACGGGUGGGACCCCAAUGAUAUGUUCAAGUACAACGAGGAGAAAUAUGGUGUCUUGUCUACAUAUGACAGCAGCCUGUCCACUUAUACGGUUCCCCUUGAACGUGACAACUCUGAGGAGUUCCUCAAGAGGGAAGCACGGGCUGCUCAGCUGGCUGAGGAGAUAGAAGCCAGCUCCACAUAUAAGGCCCGUGUGGCCCUAGAGAACGACGAGCGCUCAGAGGAGGACAAAUUCACUGCGGUCGUGCGAGGUGAAAGAGAGAUGCACACAUUGAGCAGAGAGAACAAGUACAUUCCCCCAGGUCAGAGAAACCGUGAUGCCAUGUCAUGGGGGCCUGGACGGCAGAAUUCCCCUCGUUUGAAUGCGAACUCUACUGGGCCUUCAGCUCCUCGUGUUGGACUGCAUGACUACAAUCAGAGCCCUGGGGGCGACCAGAGGGUGGUGAACGGAGGUUCAUCCCAUUGGCCCUCACCCUGUCCAUCUCCUUCCUCCCGCCCCCUCCCUCGCUACCAGCCCGGCACCUCUUCUCUGCCUCCUCGGGCCAGCACGCCCACCAGGCCACCCUCCAGACCCCCCUCUCGACCUUCCAGGCCUCCCUCUCAUUCUUCCCACUCCUCCUAUCCCUCUUGCUCUUCUUCUUCCUCCUCGUCUCCCUUUCCCCUCCACGGGCCCUCGUCGCCAGCCUCCACUCUGCCCAAACGCAUGUCUUCAGAAGGUCCACCACGGAUGUCUCCGAAAUCCCAGAGGACUCCUCGUACUCACAGAGUGCCCCCCAGCAGGACUGCUGGGAUGCCGCCAGGGGUGGAUCUAAUUUCUCACAAUGCCGCUGGAGAGGUCCCAUUGGCUCCGUCCAACAGAGGCAACUCCUCGGGCGGAACUUGGUCUUCUGUUGUUAGUGGAGCUCACAGACCUCGCUCCCCACGUCAGAAUAGCAUUGGCGGAACCCCCCCUUCCUCGGCCUCUCUGUCUCAGACAGGAACAGCUCCCGCAGAUUCUUUUGCCACACCGACGUCCAUUUCCUCCCCUACUGCUGCGAGCCCUGCCCCCAGCAUGGGCUCCUCCUUGUCAGGAGAUGUUAAAGAAAAUCGUGUCCAGGAGACGAGACAAACAUCCCCCAAAGCUAACAAAGACACCAUGAAGGACAGUUCAGCCAGUAUCAACAGACCUGUGUGUAAAGGCCCCCCUUCUUUGGCACCUGACCACAGGAAACAAAUAGACAAUUUAAAGAAAUUUAGUGAAGAUUUUAGGUUGCAGUCUAGUUCCAACCCGGACCCUGCCUUUGACCACAUGAUCACCAAGCCUCCAAGAGACUCUGCGGACAAGCCUACAGAACUAGCCUCUUUGGACAAAGCUUCCGCGACAGGCCCCGAAGACCAUGGCGGAGCCUCCCCGUCCACGGGUGCUAUCAACACAAGCAAGCCCGGCAGCCCCGCUGCGCUGUCCCCUUCUCCUUCAGGCCUGGACCAGAAGAGAGUGGGGCUGGAUGUGACGUCGCAAGGGGUCCAGACAACAACAGUGUCUAAUUUUAGCGGGUCCAAGCAUGAAGAGGAGGACAAAAAGGAGGCGGUACAAGAUCAAAUAAAGAAGUCCACUUUAAACCCCAAUGCCAACGAGUUCAAGCCAAGGUUCAACACACAGCAACCCAAACCAGCCAACACCCCAACACCCCCGCGACCUCAGGGCCAGCCCAGCCCCUCCAUCGUGGUCCAGCAGCCACCCGCAGUCUACGGUCAGCCAGUGUGCUUCCCCCAGAUGUAUCCUCUCACCCCAGUUAGCCCCGGCGUACAGAAAAGCAUAAUAUGGAAGUCUCCAGCGAUGUACCAGGUCCAGAUGCCCCACAUGACCGUCAACCAGUCCAAACCUUACAGACCAGGUAAAGUGCCCAACAUGCCGCAGCAGAGGUCGGACCAGCACCACCCGCCCGGCACGCCCACCCUCAUGCACCCGGCCACAGCGGCCGGGCCGCCAAUCAUCACGCAGAGCCCUGCCUACUCUGCCCAGUACUUCACCUGCAGUCCUCAGCAGUUCCCCAGUCAGCAGCUGGUCCAGCAGAUGCCACACUACCAGUCUCAGGCACAGCACGUGUUCAGUCCUGUGAUGCAGGGAAGCGCCCGUAUGAUGGCGCCGCAUGCACACGGCCAGCCCGGCCUGGUGUCUUCUUCCGCCACUCAGUACCCAGAGCAGACGCACACCAUGUAUGUGUCUCCUGGCCCCAUGCCGCAGCAGUACCCCCACCCAAGCGCCACCUUGCACCCCCACCCGCAGCACCCUCAGCCUUCCGCCACACCCACGGGCCAAGGCCAGCAAGGGGGGCCGCCUCAACACGGAGGCCCGCCUAACCACCCGGCCGCCGGCCCCGCGCAGCACCCUCAGGCAGCAGCAGCUGCCGUGGCCGCCGCCCAAGCGCUGCACCUGGCCAACCAAUCCCAGCAGCCCAUGUACUCUGCUCUGGCCCCUACGCCGCCCUCCAUGACGCCGGGCCCCAAUCCGCAAUCCCCGCAGGCGUCCUUUCCGUCGGCCCAGCAGACAGUCUACAUCCACCCGCAGCAGGUGCAGCACGGCUACAACCCUAACCACAUGGCACACGUGCAGCAGGCUCACAUGCAGUCGGGCAUGGUGGCGUCCCAUCACGCGGCAGCCGCCCACCCACCGAUGAUGCUGAUGGCGGCCCAGGGCCCGCCUGGGGGCCCGCAGCCUCCCAUGGCCCAGACAGCCCUCAACCACAUCCCAGUUUCUUCCACCACACCCUUCUCCUACCUGGCGCAUCCGCAAGUGCAACCACAUCACCAGCAGCAGCUGUAG